CAAAGAGAUAAUAGAACGUAGACGUAUUUCUGUGUAAAUUUAUGAGUGAAACGAGUAUGUAGUUUAGCGAAGUUGUACAAUUAAGAGAUACGUGACUAAAAGUCGUCGACAUGAUGGUAGUACCCUCUCGUCUUCUUGUUGGCUCUCACAAUGUUACAGUAUGAAUUACAUCCGCGUCAGAGACGAUUGUGUCGUUUAACUUUUUAAACGACUUCUUCCCUUUCGAGUGAAGACAUCGUACGGAUUGUAUCGUUCGACAACGUAUGCAUAUAUAAAUGGUUUCCACGAGAAUAAUUACCGAUUUCAUUGUGAAAGAUUGAUCGCCGUUAAAUAAUAUCGUCAUCUUCGAACAACGAGGAUAAAAAUAAUGGAGAAAAGUAACAUGCUGCUAUCACCUGGUCAACGUAUACGUCCAAAUAUGAACGAAGAAACUGUAAUCGAUCUUCUAUCCAAGAUCUAUGGUCUAACAGCUAUGAGUAUCAAAGAGCUAAAUGCUUACGACGAUAAAAAUUAUCACGUACAUUGUAAGGAAUUACACGAGAAUCCUUAUAUAUCCGAGAUAAGCGAACACGGCUACGUUUUAAAAAUUAUAAAUUCCUUGGAUUCUCGAAAUACUCAUGUCAUAGAUGCGCAGACCGAAAUGUUGAUAUUUUUGAACGGUCAAUUCAAUUGUCCAAUUCCUGUUAAAAACUUGAACGGUACGUAUUACAACUUGGAGAAGACAAAUGAUUCCGAGGAGAGUCACGCGAUAAGACUUUUCAUUUAUCAGCCUGGUCAAUUAUUGACACAUGCAUCUUGGAAUAAGGAAUUACUUUACAAGGUCGGCCAUUUAGCGGCCGAUCUCGACUUGAGACUUUCGAAAUUUUAUCAUCCGGCUUUCGAGCAUCACAGAACGAUAUGGAUGUUGAUGUCGAUGUCAAAAUUACAUUUAUUUGUAUUUGCUGUGCCAGACGAGAAACGAAGACAAUUGGCGAGCGAUGUGAUCGAUACGUUUGAAAGAAAUGUAUUAAAGUUCGUACCGAUUCUCGAACAGGGCAUGAUACACGGCGAUUUAAACGAACAAAAUAUUCUGGUUAAUAAGGAGGGUACCGAUAUCGUAGCUAUUAUCGAUUUCGGUGACUCACAAAAAACUUGUCUGAUAUUUGAACUGGCUAUUGCUAUUUGUUACAUGUUACUCGAACGUAAAGAUAUAACCGAAGGUAAACACGUUAUCGAGGGAUAUCAAAGCGUUAGGAAAUUGACGGAUUUAGAAAAAAAAAUUCUCAAGGUCUGUGUUUGCGCUAGGAUAUGUCAGAGUUUGGUGAUGGGCGCCUAUUCGCAUUUAAACGAUCCCAAGAAUAAAUAUAUUCUUACCACGCAAAAAAAUGGCUGGUCAUUGCUCCAAGAACUUUGGCCAAUCAGCGACGAUGAAAUAUUCAAGAUUUGGGAUCUUUCUAAUUAAAAAAUAUAAAUAAUUAUUUUUUUAUCGAUCGCGUGUGAUAUUAUCUUUUGCACUUAAAUCGUUUCGUUUUUCAUAUUUUCGAAUGAUGUGUCAAUUGAACGAGCAAUAAAUUAAUAUUAAUUAUAUAAUAGUCAUUGUUGGAACAAUAUUAUACGUGGUAUAGUAUUAUAGUAUACUGUUGGGAAGAACAAUGUUAUGAUUUAUGCAGUGAUAUAUCCUCUGGUUUUAUUCGCAUUAGGCAAUUACAUAUUUACAUAGAUAGAAUGAACAAUAAUAAUGCUCUUCUCAACCAGUACUAAUAAUAAUAAUAAUAAUAAUAAUAAUAAUAAUAAUAAUAAUAAUAAUAAUUAUAAUAAUAGUAAUAAUAAUAAUAAUAAUAAUAAUAAUAAUAAUGAUAAUAAUAAUAAUAAUAAUAAUUCAUAAUUAUUAUAACGAUAAUAAUAUAUACGGAGAAAUGUUUCAAUAAAUUGUUU